UUGGCGGCGGCGGUGUAUUUGAAGGUAUUUUUAUAGCAAGCUAUUGUUUACAUUUCCAGCCACUCCCGCGCAAAGUGUAUUUUCGGUAAAGUAAUCUUGAAAGGCUUUUCACAACGCCAUGUCCGGCACCAUACUUGAGAAUCUAAGCGGUCGGAAGCUGUCCAUAUUGGUGAGCUGCCUUCUCUUGUGCCAAGUAGCCUGCUUUCUUCUGGGCGGUCUACGGGCGCCUGUGCCCGCUGGUCAUCAGAACAUUUUGGGCGUUGUAUGCCGUGAUAAGAGAGAUCAUCAGAACGACACAAAUUUUUGGCUGUAUUCGCGCGGAGAAGGUCGUUGCGAACCUGUACCGUUAGAGGAGAUUGAACAAGAUGAUCUUAAACUGGCCAACCAGAUUGUGCACGUCUUCCAGAUGCCGCUGCCGCGAGACAAUCGAGUGCUCGACUACUCACGCUGGCAGCAGAACCUUAUUGGAGUGCUGCAGGUGGAUAUUGCAUAUGGCGCUACUUUAAUGGAAGCACCUAAAGAGCUGCAGCUUACUAUCGACACUCGUCUGGCUUAUCGGAACAAGGGCGAUGCCGAAAACGACUGGAAGCUGUACGCACACAGCGUGGAGCAGCGCUACUUGGACUGCCAUGCUUCGCAUGUCAGCCAAUCCGAGACGCUUUACACAUGCGAUAUGAUACCGCUGUUCGAAUUGGGCGCUCUCCAUCACAGCUUCUACUUGCUUAACCUCAGAUUUCCGGUUGACACACUCAAGCAGAUGAAUCUGAACAUUGGACACAUGCACGACCUGACGCUGACGGCGAUACACCAGAAUGGCGGCUUCACCAAAGUUUGGCUGCUGCUGAAGACCCUGCUCUUUCCCUUUGUGGUUGGCAUAAUGAUUUGGUUCUGGCGGCGAGUUCAUAUUCUGCAACGGUCUCCAGCUCUGUUGGAGUAUAUGCUGAUAUAUUUGGGAGGAGCACUGACUUUCCUUAACCUGCCGCUAGAAUAUUUAUCGUUGGGCAUUGAGAUGCCUUACAUGUUGCUGUUGAGUGAUGUACGCCAAGGCAUCUUCUAUGCCAUGCUGCUCUCCUUCUGGCUCGUAUUUGCAGGCGAGCAUAUGUUGAUACAGGAUGCGCCUAAUAAGUCCACCAUACGUUCGCGCUACUGGAAGCAUCUCUCUGCUGUCGUUGUCGGCUGCGUCUCGCUAUUCAUAUUCGAUAUUUGCGAACGUGGUGUGCAGCUGCGCAAUCCCUUCUACUCGAUCUGGACCACACCACUAGGCUCAAAGGUGGCUAUGAGCUUUAUUGUGCUUGCCGGCGUAUCGGCUGCCAUUUACUUUCUAUUCCUGUGCUUCAUGGUCUGGAAGGUGUUCAAGAACAUUGGCGACAAACGCACAUCAUUGCCCUCCAUGUCACAGGCUCGUCGGUUGCAUUAUGAAGGCCUCAUCUAUCGUUUCAAAUUUCUCAUGCUAGCCACGUUGCUUUGCGCUGGUCUUACUGUUGCUGGUUUCAUAAUGGGCCAAGUGGCCGAGGGUCAUUGGAAAUGGGAUGAAGAUAUUGAAAUUCAACUGACUUCGGCCUUUCUCACCGGUGUCUAUGGCAUGUGGAACAUCUAUAUCUUUGCUCUGCUCAUUCUGUAUGCCCCCAGCCACAAGCAGUGGCCGUCGAUGCAUCACAGCGAUGAGACCACACAGUCAAAUGAGAACAUUGUUGCCUCUGCGGCAAGCGAGGAAAUUGAAUUUAGCAAUCUGCCCUCAGACUCGAAUCCCAGUGAGAUAUCAUCGCUUACUUCGUUCACGCGCAAAGUGGCGUUCGAUUAAUGGUGAAGGCUCUGCACGAACAACCCACGAUAAAGAUAGAUGAGCAACCAGCGCGGUGUGUACAUUUUCACCAAUUUUGCAAUUGCGUUAAGAUUGAUGUGAAAUGUAAUACAUUCGGCAGUUAUUUAAUGCUCAAAUAGCGCGCAUUUAUUUGGAAUUAGCAUUUCUUGUCUAGUUUUUGCAUUCUAAAUAAUAUUUUUAUUCAAUAUUAUCUUAGAAGAGCCAAAUAUUUAUAUAUUUUAUAUUUAUAGUGCUUCUCAUGCUCAAAGUAACGUCAAUGUUUUAAGUACUCUAAUCAAACCGGUAUUUGUAUAUCUCUUGCCAGUAUUAUGUAUUAGCCCGUAAGAUUUUAUAACUUAGCAUUUUAAAGUGACAAAUUUUUACAAAUCUUGCUCGUUUUUGUAAACUAAAACUAGAGCGAUUUCUCAUUCAAGUAGUGAUGCAAC